CACGGCCACGCGGCGGGGUGCAGCCUUUGUCCGUUUGUGAAUUCGCGACGGACAGUGGUGGGCGCCCCGUCACUCCCGCCAUAGCCGUCACAGCAAGGGCUGCCCACCGCCUGUCUCGGUGCGAAGCAAACCGUGAUUGGCAGUGGCCGCUGUCUGUCCCAAAAACCUGCUGCGAUUCGUGCUGUGCGAUGCUGCGACAAUAUUUUUGAUGGGGGCAGGCUGCAUGACCCAAUGGGCUCAAGUCACUUGCCCACCCUGUUUUCCCAGCAUCCUAGCGGCGAGCGUAUAUAUAACACACCC